GGCCGGGACCGGGAGGAUCGGGCACGGGGACCGGCAGGAAUGGGCACCGGGAAUCGGGCGGGACCGGGCGCGGAGAAGGGAUGGGCACCGGCAAGGCCGGGCUGGCUGGAUCCCGGGAGACCGAGGGUGUGGUGGCACCGGAGAUCGGGCGGGUACGGCGGCAGGAGGGGCGGGCCGGGCUCACGGCUCUGUCCCUGCAGCAUCGGGGAGAACAUCCAGCUGCUGGUGGACCGGCCCGAUGGCACCUACUGCUUCCGCCUGCACCGGGACCGCGUGUACUACCUGAGUGAGAAGCUGCUGAAGCUGGCGGCCAGCGUCCCCCGGGAGAGCCUGGUGGCCCCGGGCACCUGCUUCGGGAAGUUCACCAAGUCCCAGAAGUUCCGGCUCAGCGUCACGGCCCUGGAUUUCCUGGCGCCCUACGCCAAGUACAAGGUGUGGGUGAAGCCAGGCUCGGAGCAGUCCUUCCUCUACGGGAACCACGUGCUGAAGUCGGGUCUGGGCCGCAUCACGGAGAACACGGCGCAGUACCAGGGUGUCGUGGUGUAUUCCAUGGCCGACGUGCCGCUGGGCUUCGGGGUGGCUGCCAAGUCCACGCAGGAGUGCCGGAAGGUCGACCCCUUGGCCAUCGUGGUGUUCCACCAGGCUGAUGUUGGGGAGUACGUGCGGAACGAGGACACGCUGACAUAAGGGACCCUCGGGCACCCCAGGGACUUUGCUCUCUUCAGGGCAGCGCUGCUCCCGACCCAGCACUCCCAGAGGGGAAGGGAAAUCCCCAGGUUCCUGGGGCAGUCCGUGCCCCUCUGCUGCAUUUCCACCCACGAGGCAGAAAUUCACACUUUCACAACUCUUGAUAGUAAACAAGAAAGGAGCUUUAUUUUACAAAUGACUGUUCCAGCUUUGGCACUUGAAGGCAGGAACGUGUGGCACCCUUGGAGCUCACACACAGCAAGGGUAUUACCAGGAAAAGUCCAAAGAAAAUGUGACCAAAAUCAGAUAGAACUAAAAAUUUUAGCAUGGAAACAACCAACAGUUCCAAGUACUGAAACACAAAGUAAUUUUAUCUUUUUAAAGCCUCAGAGCUGGAAGGGAGGAAUUUCUCCUCACACAUUUUUCCCCCAUUAAUGAAUAGGGGAAAAAGAAAAAAAAAAACCCAAGUAGAUCCUCUUGCCUGGAUCUCUUCCCCACAGAAGUGCUGGGACCCAGUGCUGCCUGUUCCACAAGGGAGUGAUGGCAAACAGAUGAAACAAGUGAUUCAGUGAACAGACAACA